AUGGAUGGUAACAUUCUAAAUGAAGAGCUAUCUGAGGUAGAGCCACCCUCAAAGCGGUUAAGAGGAACGCAAUACAAAGAAGGUUCCUCGCAGUUUAAUUCCCAAACGGUACGCCCAAAUUACGUUGGGUACGAAGGGGAAUAUUAUCACAGAGCUGAAUUUUUAUCCCUUCAGCAAGGUAAAGUAUACCAACCUUUAACGUCUAGAAUGUCUCGCUGGAUGACAGUUUCGACAAGUGACUUCUACGAAAGAGUGGAAAAAAUUGUUUCGCCAAAGAAGACCGAUUCUGGCCUCUAUCUUGAAGACAUUGCGGCGUUCUGGGUUCCACGCGUUGGUCCGAAGUGCGGCCUAGUCUUGCGAAUGCUGCAGGAUAUUUUACCUGAGCUCGAAAUAGUUGAAAGGGAACGUUUACUUGCAGAAGAGAGACGUAUAGAAGAAGAGAAAAAGAAAAAGAAAAUGGGAGAACCACAAGAUAUGUCUGUACGCCUUCUCAAAGAAGUCCUUGACGACCUUAACGUUACUUAUAAAGCGAGUGAAAAGAAACGUGACCUUAUUGCCAAAGUUCGCCAAGCCCGAGAAAGAAGAGGUCUGGAUUCGCCACUGCUAAUUUACCUCGGUAGCAAAAAUCAUUUUUCGAGUUGUGUCUCGUUUCAGGUAGCCCGGAAUAAAGACAUAACAGUGGCUACUCUAGGAGUGUUUUCAUGGAGUCUUUUCCAGUUCACCUUGGUGACUACGUCCAUGGGAGAGAAAGACGACAAACAAGAAGAAACCGAAAUAGGAGACCCAGACCAGGUGAACAACCAUAAAACAGUAAAAAAUCAAUGGCUGCUUGGUAUUUAUUGGGUGAAAAUAUUUUUGCAGUCUGGAAGCGUUGAAGCUGGUUUAACAAGAAAAUAUCUACGCAAAGCUGCUGAAGCUAGAAAAAGAGGUAAACAAAGGAAAGAACUGAAGAGAUUAAAUGAUGAAGAAGCUGACAAGGAAAUGAGAAAACUUGAACUCCAAGGAGACCGAUAUGGUAUAAUCGCCGCCAUGUUCAUGCAAGACGGUCCUUUCUUAAUUCUUCGACUUUACCUUGUUAUCAAAUACGACUUCUUUAUGGACUCGACAUUCAUGUUUUAUAUCGGCAAGAACAUAAUUUCUCUUCUGUUGAUGAUAUACCGUCUCUAUGUCAUUCACUUUCAUGCGAAGGAAGAAGAAUUAUUGCAGUCAGAAAAAUCCUGGGGAACAAAAGGAUUUCGAACCCUCUCAUUUGUGUUGAUUGGAGCUCAUAAAUUCAACUCAAGAAAAUUGAAAUCAAAGAAAUUACGCUGGGGGAGAAUAAACUUGAUCCGGUGGAAGAAAAACUUUUCUGUAAAUUAAACACCACAAAAACUGUACAUGUUGUGAUGCAUGGCACGGCGCAUGGCACAUCUUUCUGAAGUUACGCGAAUUUUCGUCAAAAAGAGGAUUUUCAGAAGAACAGUUUUUUUUUUAAAUAAAAUAAAUUGAAUUAUUCUCCCAUUUUUAGUGGUUCCUACUUCUGAUCAAUCG